AUGAUUAUAAGAGAAUCAGUGUUGGAGUUCAGCUUUGACGUGUACAGAAAUGUAGCAAGGGACAUACCUGACAACAACAUCCUGUUCUCGCCUAUAGGACUUUUUUUUUUGGCAGUGCUUCAUCUUGCAGCUGAUGGCGACACCAAGAACGAGUUAGAAGCCGGUCUGAGGUUCGGCAGAUUGAGUGAGACAGAGAUUCACGAACACUUCAAAAAGCUGAUGAAUUAUUACGUAACGAAAGCUGAAAACGUCAGUCUGGUUAUGGCGAACUUGCUGUAUGUUAAUACUGACGACCAUCUUUCGAAGUCUUUUAUUGAUAAACUAGGCUUGUACAACUACCGCCAACAACUCCACACUUGCAACUUCCUAUCCUACGCGGAGACUUGCAGAAGAACUAUUAAUGAAGAAGUGGAAAGACUAACAAACAACAAAAUAAUAUACUCCAUCCCACCGAACACUUUGGACUCUCACACCAAAAUAAUUCUCGUUAAUGCAGUUUCCUUCAUUGCAACAUUGUUGGUGGACGCAAAAUUGACUGAAAAGAGUAUGUUUUACAUCAACAAAGCCCUCUCAGUUGAAACUGAAUUUAUGGGCGGUAAAUUUAUAGGUGAUUAUCAAGUAAGCACCUAUUUAGAAAGUCACAUCUUGAAGAUUCCGUACGAGAAUAAGUAUCAUUUUAUCAUUAUCCUCCCCAUUAACUUCUGCAAGUCUUCUUUAGACUCGAUUGAACAAAAAUUAACCAAAGAUCAUCUACUGAGCUGGAAAAACAGUUGGACCAGAAGAUCGGUUGAACUUCAUCUGCCAGUUUUAGGGUUUGAUUCCAGCAUUAACAUCAAACAAGUUCUGAUGAAUUUGAAUAUAAAGAGUAUUUUUGAUGCUAACAAAAAUGGGCUGUCAAGAAUGUCAACAGUAAGAGAUCUGUACGUUAGAGAUAUUUUUCAGAAGACGCACAUCUCCAUGAAGAAUGAGAAAAGAAUCGAGACGGCGCCAGUCACCUAUGGUAUAAUGUUGCUUUCUAAGAUGACCCAAGUGAGUAAGUUGAGUUUAGUCGCCAAUCAUCCAUUCCUUUUCUUCAUCCGUGACGACAAAACUGAAACCAUCCUCUUCAUAGGCAGAUUCUCGAAACCAUAUAAAGUUUCCCUGGUCAAAACUGACGAGGCGCUUUGUCAAUUCGGCGAACAGUUUUCUUGA